AUGCAGAAGAUCCUCGGCAUUGACGGAGCGCAUUGCAAGAACAAGCUGUACAAUGGUGUCCAACUUGUUCUGCUCGGCCGAGACGGAAACAUGAACAACGUUCGUGUAGCGUGUGCCCUUGUUCCAAGUGAGAGUGAGGCAAACUGCUCGUGGUUCUUUAUGCGUGCCGAGAGGGUGGGGUCGUUGCAAUUGACCGGCGUGACUGGACCGUGCACGCCAACAUCAACGACCACCGAAUGUAUGGAUGCAGAACGCAAUUUUGUCGAAAGCGAGCACAACACAUCGCUACUCAAUGACAUCCGAUAUAAGAUGCCUUUCCCUUUCAUCCAAGCGUACCUGGAGUUCAUGCGAGAUGACUUCAAGAAGAAGAGCGACAGAGCCAAGUUAUGGAUUGAUGACGGACGAAAAGUUACACCGGGUGCACUCAAGGUCUACAACGAGCAAUUCGAGCGUCUGGGGGAGUAUGCAGCAGAUCCAGUCAGUGACGACAUCAUCCACGUGUACUCCACCACACGGCAACCCCACUACAAGCGACACGUCGUGCUCUCGGGGAAACAGUGUACGUGCGGCCCCUGUGCGACCAGGUCCUGCCGUGUCUCGUAG